AUGGCCUCGGCUGCUCCUCUAUGGAGCGAAGAGGAUGCAUACCUGCACCCCACCGCGUACGCUAGCGAAAACAUUGCAGGAUGUUUGUACGUCUAUACAAACGCACAUCCACCGGUAGCUACAAGCAUCUCGCUCGCAUUCCACGCACACAGUGCCAACACUUCGCACGCAUUCCAGCACCGACUGUGCGAUAUACACGCCAUUCAGCUGCAUGUGCCUUCGUCCAUGCGCAUGGUUGGCUCUGUAGUGAUCCAUACCGACAGCGAUACCCCCACGACUGUCUUUUUUCACAAAGACAUGUACAACGGCGCACGUCCACACGCAUGGGGCGGCAUGCGCCUCCUGGAUGCCCUGCGGCAGUAUACCGAGCUCGUACCCAGCACCAAGCAGCCGCAGCUCUACCUUGUGCAGCCCGACUCAGCGCUUCGCUCCGCGCACACCUCCCCGCAGUACAGCGACGACCUCGCAGCGCAGCCAGCGCCGCGCAGCGCGCCCCGUUCAUUUGCAGCGUGGGCCCACACAACCCGCCUCAGUGUCCUUGCCCAGUUUUCGCACGUCACGCGCGGUGCAAGACAAUCAGGCGAGGCGCUUAUGGCACACCCACUCGUGCGGCGCGCCGCACCGGCCAGCACCGAGCAGUCCAACGCACAAGCCGGUCCUUACAUGGUCAGCGAAUCGAGCGGCACGCCUGCCACUGCUGGCCCCCUCGAAUUCGACGCAGCGCGCGUGUACUUGGCCAAGUGGGCGGGCCAAGUUGCCCAAGAAGGCGAGCGCAACCGCGUAGAGGAGCACGAUGCACUCGACAAUCUUGACAUCGACACGCUCCUCGGCGAGUCGGCCAUUCCCGCAUGCCCGCUCGUGCCUACACACGCCACGCCCCUCAACGGCGCGACGUGGGAGACGCUGCUCAAAAGCGGUGCGGAUACCUCGACUAUGGCCGCGCGGAUAUUCCACUGCGGCAUCGCGCCCGACGCACGCGCUGCCGUGUGGCCCUACCUCUUCGGCGCUAUUCCUAUGGUGCGCGACGAGGCAGCGCGCGAUGCUGCAUGGGCAGAAAAGGAGCGUAUGUACGAUGCACUCACAGCCAUGUGGUACAGCAAGCCAGAUGCAGCACUCUCCGAAGCAGCCGCCGAGUCCAAGCACCGCAUCUGGAUCGAUGUGCUGCGUGCAGACACCAAGGACCCCUUCUUCGACGCCCAAGUCGACCACGACGCCGCGCAAAAGCGCGCCGAAACCAGCGGCUGGCAGCGGCUGGCCACCGAAGGGCACACGCGCCAGCCGUCUGCACACUUGUACGCCCUCAGCGAGCUGCUGCUCAAUUUUGUCCUAUUUGCAGAGCUGUACGGCGAACCGUAUGCACUUCCGCCCGUGCACGGCUACGUCCAAGGCAUGAGCGACUUGUGCCUGGUAUGCUACGCAGCGUGUGCGGGCGACCAGCCGCGCGCGUUUUGGUGCUUUGUCGGCGUGAUGCGCUCCAUGGGAGCCAACUACAUGUCCGACCAGCAAGGAAUGUGCAACGAAUUGGUCACGCUGCAGAAACUGCUUGCCGAGCUGUGCCCCACGCUCUACUCAUUUCUGCACGCCCUCGAUGCGCUGAACCUCUUUUUCUGCUUUCGCUGGAUCCUCGUGCUGUAUAAGCGCGAGUUCGCGCUGCCGGAUGUGCUGCGCCUUUGGGACGCCAUCUUCUCUGCCGGCUGGUCGAGCCCGGGCAUGGAUCCGCAGUGGCCUUUGUGCAAGCACUUUGAGCUGUUUGUUGGCCUCGCCAUCCUCGAAUCGCACAGCAAAUUGAUCCUCCGCCACCUGCGCUCGUUUGACGAGGUGCUCCAGUAUAUCCACUCGCUAGCGCACCAUAUGGAUGUACACGUCGUCCUGCGCAGGGCCGAGGCACUCGUGUAUCGAUUGCGCAGCCGAACUUCAACGCCAGGCACGCCGUUGGAAGAGGGUCUGCGCGCGCUCGUAUUUCAAUAG